AUGCCUAGCGUAGCGAAAAAGGGUAUGAGUUUCCGGUUGAUUUUCAACAAAGGAGACCGUACAUCGCAUUGGUAUCUGUUAUUGGCUGGUGAAGUGCAACUGUUUCUACCCGGUUACUAUCCUGGAUCUGAAUCGUUGCCUUUGUGUUCGUUAUCGGCUGGCUCCCUGUUCGGUGAACUCGACAUCGACCGUCACUGCUGUUCGGCAGUUGUUACUCGACAAGCUGAAUUUGUACGGAUAUCACAACGCCAUUUUGUUAACCUUUAUAAUGUAAGUUUUACGAAAGUUACUUUCUUUCAUUUGAGCCAAAGAAUGGUCUAA